AUAUCUGUGGCGCACUUUCGGUCCCGUCGUUCACGAAUAGUAUGGGUGCUUCAGGGGUCUUCUGAAGGCCUCUCAUGAAUUUCGACUUUUAGUCUUAGCUUGAUCAUUGGAUCAGCGGCCUUGCCAUUCCUCGGACUGCCGGUGUUGAACCAUGUCCAGCCCGGCGAAGAAGCGGAAGCUCAACAAUAGCAGCAAGACCGCGGCAGCCCAGCCAAAAGGCCUGGAGUACUUUUUCUCCAAGCAAAGGCAGGUUGAAACUUCUGUGUCAGCACCCGCGGAGACUCAAGUCUCUGGCGAUGGCUCUAGCAAGCUCUCAGACGAGGAGCUAGCACGGAGACUGCAAGCCGAGUACGACCUCGAAGCUUCCAAUGGGCCAGCUGAAGAUGGCGGGACUGAAAAGACCGAAAGAGAUAAAGAGGUUUCGGGAAUCACUGAGCAGUAUGAACAAAAUACCGAAGCCCUGACGUCGUCACCCAAAAAGGACGUGUCGAAUCUGGCUGGGGUGUCGAACGGCGCACCGGAGCAGCCUGGGAAAACCCUCACGCUCCAAUCGACUGGCACAGCCGAAGACGCCGUAACAUCUUCAAUCCCACUCGAUGAAUCGCCCCUUGUCUUUGACCCGUCACAAUAUGUGACUCAGCUCCGGCAACACUGGGCAGCAGAUGGAGGGAACGCCUCAUACGGACUGCUCACCAGGUGUUUUGUCCUUGUUAGCGCGACAACAAGUCGCAUAAAGAUCGUGGACACCCUGGUCAACUGCUUGCGGGUUUUGAUUGAAGGAGAUCCAUCAAGCCUUCUCCCUGCUGUCUGGCUCGCCACCAACUCGAUAUCGCCGUCCUACAUUUCCCUUGAGUUGGGAUUAGGCGGAUCGGCGAUAUCGAAAGCCCUAAGAAACGUCUGCGGCCUGGACAACCGAUCGCUCAAGGCCAUCUACGACAAGUAUGGAGAUGCUGGUGAUGUCGCGUUUGAGGCAAAGAAGAAACAAAGCUUCACCCUUCGAAAGCCCAAGCCCUUGACCAUCAAGGGCGUUUACCAAUCGCUGGUCAAGAUUGCCACCAGUCAAGGUCAGGGCAGCAACGAAGCAAAGCAGCGUAUCGUCGAUCGACUACUGCAAGAUGCCCGGGGAGGCGAAGAGAGUCGCUUCAUCGUGCGAACCCUUUGCCAGCAUCUCAGGAUAGGCGCCGUCAAGACGACCAUGCUCAUUGCCCUCUCUCGAGCCUUCUUGUUGUCCCGCCCUCUAGAGGCAGACUUUGCCCUGAAGUCGGUGCCUGACUUAUCCACACUUAAGAAGGAGGAGUUGGCUGAAGUAUGGGGCAAAGCUGAAGAGAUCGUCAAGGCAUGCUUUGCAAGACGGCCUAACUACAAUGACCUGAUACCGGUGCUUCUCGAGAUUGGCGUUACGGAAGAGCUAUUGGUCCGUUGCGGCUUGACUUUGCACAUCCCAUUGCGACCUAUGCUGGGCAGCAUCACCCGUGAUCUGUCAGAGAUGUUGACCAAGCUACAAGGACGGGACUUUGCCUGCGAGUUCAAGUACGACGGCCAAAGAGCGCAAGUACACUGCGAUGAAAAAGGCAAAGUGUCCAUCUUCUCGCGGCAUCUGGAACUCAUGACGGACAAGUACCCCGAUCUUGUGGAGCUGGUACCCAAGAUCCGCGGGGAGGGGGUGGGCAGCUUCAUCAUGGAGGGGGAGGUUGUGGCCGUCGACCGGGCUACGGGAGAGCUCAAGAACUUCCAGGCACUGACGAACCGCGCGAGGAAGGAUGUGGAAAUUGGGAGCAUCACCGUCGACGUCUGCCUCUUUUCGUUUGAUCUGAUGUACCUGAAUGGGCAGCCGCUUCUGGACCGACCGUUUCGAGAGCGACGGGAGCUUCUGCGAUCGCUCUUUACAGAGGUCCCCCACCACUUCACCUGGGUCAAGAGCCUUGACGCAACGUCCGGAGACUCUGAAGCCGUUCUGGACUUUUUCAAGUCCGCCACUGAGAGCAAGUGCGAAGGGAUCAUGGUCAAGAUCAUGGACAAUUUGACCGACGUACCAUACAUCGACAGCGCAUCAGAGCAACCCCAAGGUCUUGAAGCGUCCGAGAAACUCUCGACCCCAAAGUCCAAGUCAAAAUCGAAGCAGAAGGCGAAGAACGCCGCGGCCGCGGAUGGCGAAGAGGGGAAACCCAAGUCUCGGAGGAAACCGCUCUUGGCCACGUACGAGCCGGACAAGCGACUGGACUCAUGGCUCAAGGUCAAGAAGGACUACAACUCGAGCUUUGAUACCCUGGACUUGAUCCCUGUAGCCGGCUGGCAUGGGCAGGGCCGCAAGGCCAAGUGGUGGUCGCCGAUGCUGCUUGCGGUGCGCAACGAGGAGACGGGAAUGUUUGAGGCGGUGUGCAAGUGCAUGUCUGGCUUCACCGACGCAUUUUACAAAGCGAACAAGCUGUUUUACGACAACGGCGAUGAGAGCGGCGAGCCGAAGAACGUUCGGUUCCAGAAGCCAAGUUUCAUAGAGUACAGCGGUCCAAGUCCCGAUGUGUGGUUUGAGCCGCAAGAGGUCUGGGAGAUGGCAUUUGCAGAUAUUACUCUCAGUCCGACGUAUACGGCGGCGAUUGGCCUGGUGAGCGACGAGAGAGGGCUGAGCCUGCGAUUUCCACGGUUUUUGAAGAAGAGAGAGGACAAGGGCAUUGAAGAGGCCAGCACCAACGAGUUCCUGGCUGGGCUUUGGAGAAAGCAGGAGGCAAAGGCUGUAAGCGAGCGAGAUACCAAGGCAGCUGGUGAGGAAGAGGAAGACGAGGUGUGA